GUCAGUGAGAGGCGCAGCCCAGGAUCGAGCCGCAGUCUACUCCUUCCAGAGCCGCUGGGGUGCCGCCGAGUGCUGCUGACUCGCCGCCUGCGACCUCCGCUCGGCGCCUCUGGGCUCCUGCCGCUGUCCGCCCAUUCCGGUCCCCUGGACCAGGACCCCGGGCGAGUCCAGAUGUCCGAGGCGUCAGGAAACCUCAAUAGCCUACGCAUGGCGAACGUGGCCCUGCGAGAAGAAUUAAAUGCCCUUCACGGGGAGAAUGCCAAUUUGGGCCUUCAGCUCGGAAGAGCCCUGGCUGAGGUGAAUUCCUUGCGGGGCAAUGUCUCCAGCUUUGUGCGCUGGCCAGUGCCGGUCCUAGCGGAGGAGAACUUUGAGUUCCCGCUCAGCGAGAUAGACUCCGAGCCCGAGGGCGAACUGCCCUUCAUGUGCUGGCCUCCCCCACGCACGGAGCCCGAGCGCGCCUCAGAGGAGCUGUUGGUCAACGCCAUCCAGGACUGCGGCACCUCAGAAGGCCAGGUCGACCCUCCCCCGCAGCCCAGCCCGCCCCCGCCAGCGCCGGUGCUGCCCCUGCCCGCCUCCAAGGAACUGCCCCCGCAGCCUCCUAUGCCGCCUCUGGAGUGGCCUGAGCUAGAGCCCUUUUCAGGCGACCCGGUCUACCUGCCGGAAUUCCUGAUGCGGCUAGAGACCUUCAUAGCCGACCAGGAGGAUCAUUUCCCUGGGGGUGCUGAGCAGGUGGCCUUUCUGAUUUCCUUUUUCACUGGUGACACCAAGGACUGGGCCAUCUCAGUCACCCAGGAAGGAAGCCCCCUGCAUGCCAACAUCCCGCGCUUCCUGGAUGAAAUCCGUAAGAAAUUCUAUGGCCCCAUCCCCCCAAGUGUGGCGAAAAAGGCCAUCCGCAAGCUUACGCAGGGAAACUGUACCCUAGGCAGCUAUGCAGAUGCUUUUCAGCUCCUGGCCCAAUUCUUAUCUUGGGAUGACUGCCGCCUUCAAAACCAGUUCCUCAAAGGCCUUUCAGAAUUCUUCCGCAAGGAGCUCUUAUGGUCAACUCAAAUGGCCGACCUGGAUGAGCUGAUUCUUGAAUGUGUGGAUAGAAAAGUGCGUGUCCCUAAGCCAAUCCCACUCCCUGGGGUUCGCAAUAUCUUCUUCCCUUUUGCUGCAGACCCUAAUGUCGAGGGCAGUGGAGAAGAGCGCUACAGUGAGGAUGAAGAUGCAGAGGUGCACAGGCGCAGGCUUCACAAGGACCAGCGGAGGUAUGUGAGAGCUAUUCAGCAAGAGAUGAGGGAGCAGGAGGAAAAGAGGAAAAAGGAGAUGAGGAAGGAGGAGGAGAUAUAACAGAACCAGGAGGAGGACAACGACAAUGAAGACGAGAUCGUGGUGGAUGAUACAGAUGAGAAAGAGGAAGAAAUGAGGAAGAAUAAUGAGGGUGAGAAAAAGGAUGAGGAUAAGGGCCAGGAACCAGGGCAGGAGCCAGAGCAGGAGCCAGAACCCGAGGAAGAGACAGAGGAUGAGGCCCAGGAUGAUGACCUAGAUGAGUUCAUGGACGUGAUGCCGACCUAUGCCAAUGCUUCAUCCCAGACUUCUGGCUUCUAUUAUGAAAAUUUCCUAGAUACAUCACCUCCCAUAAUACAGGCCAGCAGACGGAGGAACCAGAAUCGAGUCCCACUGCUGGAGGGCCUUCCAGGUACCAAUUCACCCUUCUAUAGUUCACCACCACUGAUUCGCAGGGCAGGUCGGUUGGUGCAACGCCAAACUCGAAGGCGGCCCCCAGUACUAUUCCGCCUCACUCCAACAGGAGGCCAUCGGGCUGCACGUGGCCGAAUUCGCGUGUGAGUGCUGGGGGAGAUGGCCACCCAGAACACACCCUUCCACUGCGCCCCCUCUACUUGCUAUUGCUGCCACACCUUGCCCCCUUUUCUGACUAGUACUUAAGGGAGUUCCAGACCUGAAGAACCUGAAGAAGGCCUGUAGAACUCCAGACCAUCUUGCAGCCAUGACCACUUGGGAAAGGAGGGCUCAGCAAUAGCUGUCCUCUUGACUGUGCACUCUGCUCAGUCCUACCACAAGCUAGUGAGCAGGUUUCUGGGCCUAUUCCCGUAAAUGAACUGGUCAUCCCCUUGCAUUUCCCCUCUAAUUGUUCCUAACCCUGUGUUCUAUGAUUUUAUCAACUCUGACUGGCUCACCAGAGCUUUACCCAAUACCUCAAUAAUCUGCCCCAAUAAGUGAAAGGAUGGGCUACACUGAACUCCUGAGGACAUUUACUAGAUAUAAUCAACAGAGAGCAGGAUGGGAUCCAUAAAUGUGCCUAGAAGCUUACACUUGGUUCAUCCUCCAGCAGAAGGGCCCAAAGAGGACCCUACAUGUAGUCUAGUGAGGGUGGGCAAAGCUACUUGUCAAAUGGACAUUUCACUGAGGUUUGUCCUUGGUGGCUGAGCAAGCUAGUUCAACCUUCCCUCAGACUACUGUAUCAGGGUCUUUGGACAAGCUCACCAAAUCUGGGGCCCUUUCUUCUUACCACACUGCCCUCCCAGGCAUCCCUGGUGGACAGAACUCAGUGUUACCCCUUUCCUUGGUGUUGCCUGGAAAAUGGGGGAGGAGGAAGAAGAGGAGAAAAAAGCAGCAACAACUCAGUUUGACAUUGUGAGGAGUGACUCUUUCCUUAGGGAUGGUGGUCUCCUCCCCAGGCCAGGUCUUGGACUGCAACCCCCAGCCAAAGGUCUUUGCAGGAGACUUGCCAUCUUUGGGGGUUCAUAGAAGGCCUAACUGGCCUUUCCUUCCCGGACUACCAAUGACAGAGAGGGCCCAAGGCCUGCUCUUUAACUUCAACUUAAAGGAUUCCAUAGUUCUCAGAAGAGAGAGGAAGUUUCUCUCUACAGAGACUGUAUCCUGUCAGCCAGGCCAUCCUCACGUCUCUCACAUGGGGGGCAAGCCAUAGCCUGAAGCUGGGCUUCAAUUAGAUGGUAAGGCUGGAGAGGGUGACUGCCGACUGCCUCCUAGUAACUCCUGGGACUUCUGGGUACAAACCUAGGGACCCUUAUAAAAAGUCCUGCUGCUUGCCAUGGGUCCAGAAACUAUGUCACUGGCCACAGAAUUCUAGGCAAAUCCACUGUUGGCCUGAACUGCCCUUGACACUGAGCUGGGCAAGCACAAUCAAAGUGUCUGUAGUCAGAAGGAAUAGAGCAGAGUAAAUCAAGCCUCUGUUCCUCACUGGAGUCUGGUAGAUAGCCUCAUCCCAGCCUUAGGAUUUUGAGCUUGGAAGAGGAAGGAGCUGGAGGAUGACCAGUUCGCUGGCUGGUUGCUGGUGAGGUCUCUACUCAUCAGCAGAAGUGUGUUUUCAGUAUGUCUUUUCAAAGCGGAGAUCAUCCUGCAAGCUCAUAAUCAGGAUUUAAAACGGCUGCCACCUAUGCAGUCAGUCAUGCACACUGAAUAAUUGAGCUAUUUCCUCAGGAGAGAGUUCCAG